AGCUCUCCACACAUCUCCACUUGCUUUACGGCCGCGGGAUUCCGUGGCCUCGUUGGCCGCGGAUGCAUCCAGACCAUGGGCGAAGGACGGGAUGCUUCACCCCCCGACGGGGACGCGGAUGCCUCGGAUGCCUCGGACGCCGACGGGGACGCCACGGCGUCGCGUGCGCCGCGCGAGGCGGAGGGGCAGCCCAAAUCAUCUGGGUAUCCAGGCGCAGCAGAUGAGUGGGAUGAGAUGCUGCUUUGUCCACUGGAGAUCCGCUUUACGCAAGACAAUAUCCACCCCUUCUUCUACCGGCGGGGGCCCAUCGUCCAUGUCUUGCCCAAGAUACGCUCAGUGGCCCUGUCCGACGGCACCUGGGAACUGCUACCGCCCUUUGGACCCAUCCAUUGCUUGAGGAGGGGGGGGCGCCUCUGGUCCAUGGACAACCGGCGCCUUUAUGCCCUACAGCUUUGCGCCAUGGAUUUCUGGCCUCGCCAGGUGCGGGUGAAGUGCCUGGUGCGCGAACGUUUGCCACGCCACAAGUUCAAGACGCAGUACCGCAAGUUCAACACCACCAGUGAGGGGCGCACCAUCGGGUUGAGCACCCGCUAUCAGCACUUUGAGACCUGGAACUGGCAUGAGAAAGCCUUGGAGAUGGAGGGGUCCACCUUCUCUCAACGACUUGGGAUGGUGCUGACCGUCUUUGAGGCGCUGCCAGUGCUGGGCGCCUUGCUCUUCCGUAGCGGUUGGACUGGACUGAGCUCGCGGGCACCAUUGCUGCUGAGCUUUGUGGUGGCCUUUGCUUUGGACUUUCUGCGGCAGCGCUACCCGAAGCUCUUCCACACGCUCAGCCGGAUGCAGGUGAAGGCAGUGAUGGAAGGUGAAGGCUUGAUGGUGGCCCUGGGGCAGGAUGAGGACAGCCCUGGCAUGUGCAAGUCCCAGCUGGCCGCGCUAAUGGCCUUGGUCCUUGUCUUGUCCUUGCCCUGCAUGUUUGGCAUUGCCCAUGCAAAAGUGCGUUCUUCGCUCUUUUCCUGCUGGCUGGGCGUGGCCUUCAUGCUCCUCAUCCAGCUGUCCUUCUCCUUUCGCUGGUCCGACGAAGACGGCCUGCCGACUGAGACGGCUGAAGAGCAGCCCACUGUGGAGGAUGAGGCGCCCAGCGAGGUGCAGGAGACUUGAGAAGAUGAGCGAUCAGGGACGAGCGAAACAAAAACCAGUGGAGAA